AUGGCUGAGAUUCACGACCAAUUCGAUACUAUCCUCAUCCUGGACUUCGGCUCCCAGUACAGUCACCUCAUUACUAGGAGAUGCCGCGAGCUCAAUGUGUAUGCUGAACUCAUGCCAUGCACUCAGAAGGUCAAGGCACUCAGUUGGAAGCCUAAGGGCAUCAUCCUCUCGGGGUCGCCUUACUCUGUGUACGAUGCUGAUGCUCCUCACGUUGACCCUGAUGUCUUCGAGUUGGGAGUCCCUAUUCUGGGCAUUUGCUAUGGCCUUCAGGAGAUUGCAUGGCAGUUGAAGGGGAAAGUGUCCAAAUGCGAUCACCGAGAGUACGGAUUCGCGCAGAUUCAAAUCAACAGAUCUGGCUUUGGUAUACAGACGGCCGAUGCACUCUUCGAGGGACUCGGAGAAGAGAUGCAAGUGUGGAUGUCGCACGGCGACCAGCUCUCCGAGCCGCCGGCAGACUUCCACGUUAUCGGUCGCACCACGACUGCUCCCUACGCCGCACUCGCACACAACAGCAAGCCGCUAUAUGGCAUCCAGUUCCACCCAGAAGUCACUCACUCUCCCAAAGGCAAGGAGGUGAUUGGCAACUUCGUCUUGAAGAUCUGCGGGUGCAAGUCGAAUUGGACAAUGGAGGAGUUCAUUGGCAAGGAGAUUGCACGGAUCAGGCAGAUCUGUGGACCGAAGGGCCGUGUCAUCGGUGCCGUAAGCGGUGGUGUUGACAGCACUGUCGCUGCAAAACUCAUGCAUGAAGCCAUCGGAGACAGAUUCCACGCCAUCAUGGUUGAUAAUGGUGUUCUCCGUCUCAACGAAGCACAACAGGUGCACACAAUGCUCAACCGCGACCUGGGUGUAAAUCUGGUGGUCAAAGACGCGUCUGACCUCUUCUUCUCGCGGCUCGCCGGAGUCGAGGACCCCGAGCAGAAGCGGCGGAUCAUUGGAAACACCUUCAUCAACGUGUUUGAGGAGGUGGCGGCUGAGAUCGAGGCCGUCGCCGAGGCGGAGGAGCGUGAGGGCGCCGAGGCCAAGGGCGAGAUUGAGUGGUUGCUGCAGGGCACGCUCUACCCGGACGUGAUUGAGAGCAUCAGUUUCAAGGGCCCGAGUGCGACGAUCAAGACACAUCACAACGUCGGUGGCCUGCUCAAGGACAUGAAGCUCAAGCUCAUUGAGCCCCUGCGCGAGCUCUUCAAAGACGAGGUUCGCGCUCUCGGACGCCUCCUCUCCAUCCCCGCCCCGCUCGUGCAGCGGCACCCGUUCCCCGGUCCCGGCCUCGCGAUCCGUAUCUUGGGCCCAGUUACCCGCGAGCAGGUGCAGAUCCUGCAGAAGGCGGACAGCAUCUACAUCGAGGAGAUCCGCGCGGCGGGCCUGUACGAAAGCAUCAGCCAAGCGUUCGCGGUGCUGCUGCCUGUGCGUGCCGUCGGCGUCAUGGGCGACAAGCGCACGUACGAGCAGGUCAUCGCGUUGCGAGCGGUGCAGAGCGAGGACUUCAUGACGGCUGAUUGGUUCGUGUUCCCCGCGGACGUGUUGAAGAAAAUCUCCUCCCGGAUUACAAACGAGGUUGCGGGUAUCAACCGGGUUACCUACGACAUCUCGUCCAAACCCCUGCUGUAA